CCACCUUCUUUAUACUCCUCUCAAGAACUGGGGACAAUCCCCUCCUCCUCUUGUGAUCUCCGGGUUCCCCGUCUCAGGUUCCGAGGUUUGAUCCAGCUCUCUCCCCUCUCCCUCCUCCUCCGUAUAUCCGCGCCUCCACCCCGGCCCUCGAAUCCGUCGUCGCAGAGGCGCCGCGAUUCGAGAACAAGGAGCCAACGCGAUUCGACAACAAGGAGGGGUUUCAGGAAGCCUUCUCCUCCCUGGGCGAUUGGCGGGACGAAAUUAGGUGAGAUCUUGCGGAGGAGCCAUGAUACCUUCUGUCAAGCUCUCUUCGGCCGGUGUGGCCUUCUCUGGCGCCAGUCUACGGUCUAAAUCAGCCUUGGUGCCAUCCGUCUCCAGUAUCAAGCCAUCCAAAUUUGCGGCCUGCUCAUUGAGACCGCUUUACCUUGCGCCGCUAGAUGGCCCACGCACUGCUCUGCUGAAGCCUCGGAAGCAGCUGCUUGAGUUCCAGUGUGCAGCUUCUGCGGCUGAUGACAAGGAGUCCAAGGCUGAGGUCGUGCCAGUCCGCUCGGAAGCAGCACAGAAGUUAAAGAUCUCAAUCUAUUUUGCGACUUGGUGGGCUCUUAAUGUGAUCUUUAACAUCUAUAACAAAAAGGUUCUCAAUGCUUUCCCGUACCCCUGGCUCACCUCCACACUCUCCCUCGCCUGUGGCUCAAUAAUGAUGCUUUUCUCAUGGGCUACCCGCCUUGUUGAGGCCCCCAAGACUGAUCUAGAUUUCUGGAAAGUGCUUUUCCCGGUUGCUGUAGCUCAUACAAUUGGACAUGUUGCUGCGACAGUGAGCAUGUCCAAGGUGGCAGUGUCAUUCACACACAUUAUCAAGAGUGCAGAGCCUGCAUUCAGUGUUUUGGUGUCAAGGUUCAUUCUUGGAGAGUCAUUUCCGAUGCCUGUAUAUCUUUCUCUUCUUCCGAUCAUUGGUGGUUGUGGUCUAGCUGCUGCCACAGAGCUGAACUUUAACAUGGUUGGAUUUAUGGGUGCCAUGAUAUCGAACCUUGCAUUUGUUUUCCGCAACAUCUUCUCGAAGCGGGGCAUGAAGGGCAAGUCUGUCAGUGGCAUGAAUUAUUAUGCUUGCCUGUCAAUUAUGUCCCUGGUCAUACUCACACCAUUUGCUAUAGCUAUGGAGGGUCCCCAAAUGUGGGCUGCUGGUUGGCAAAAGGCUCUUGCAGAAGUUGGUCCCAAUGUUCUCUGGUGGAUUGGCGCACAGAGCGUUUUCUACCACUUGUAUAACCAGGUGUCCUACAUGUCUCUGGACGAGAUUUCUCCAUUGACGUUUAGCAUUGGCAAUACAAUGAAGCGCAUAUCAGUCAUCGUUUCGUCAAUCAUUAUCUUCCACACACCUGUCCGCCCUGUCAAUGCACUCGGAGCUGCCAUUGCCAUCUUUGGCACAUUCCUGUAUUCUCAGGCAAAGCAGUGAGUGUAAAAUGUUGGUAAGGUCAGGGCCAUGGAUGAAGAAUGUCUCUGCAGAAACAGUAGCAAGCGCUGGGGCCAAUUUUGCUUGUUCAAGUGUCUUAUGUAGAUAGAGGGUUAGGUUUUCACGUGAGAGGUGAUUAUAAUAAUGGAUCAUGUUGCUGUUUCCUUGGUAUAUUUGUUAAUCACAAACUGAACUCCAGCGGCCAUGGACUCUGGUUGAGUGUAUUUUGAAAUAAAAACUGCAUGGGAAUUUGUCGAUGA